AUGGAAAGGAUGUUAAAUCCGUUGUGGUCGGGACUCGAACCCAGAUGGCGGAUACCUCAGCUGAGGGUCAUUUACCACCGGGCCACAAGCGCCGGAUUCGAGGCCGGAGGCAGCGAAAGCAGAUUUCUCGAGUUUGCAAUGCGGGGGAGAGAAUUAUCGUUCCCUCAUUCCUUCUUGACCUUUUUCUACAAGGUCUUGAACUUAAAACACCAGCAAAAUGUUGUGAGAUGGAAGAAGAGAGUGGCGUUGAACCAAGUCAAGGGGAAUUUUUUUAUUGCGUCACGCACGAGAUCAGAUGGAAGUAUGAUUUGCGAAGAAGCAAAACUAUGUUUGGUGAAUGAGUCAAGUGGAAUAGAUGGAAACAUAAUGCUAAACAUUCUUAAACAUGCAACAUCUAAUAGACAACACCAAGAUCUAAGGUAA